GAGGGCCAAGGACACUGGUCACAAAAAAGCCUCUCCAAAUUAGCUACAGUGGAGAGGGGAGGAGGCUCUUUAAAAAAAAAAUAUAUAUAUAUAUAUAUAUAUAUAUAUAUUAACCAUUAAGUUGGUCUUAUCACAAUGCAUUGCUUGAAAAGUCUGAGGCCGGCUAACGUGGGAAUCUUGCAGCUGUUUAAAAAUGCAGGGAUCGCUGCCCGAGUUGGAGCUGACAACAUUGUCUUGUCCAGGACACAGCAACCUGUUCCUCUCCCCUGCUGGGUGGCAGCAUCACCCAACACCCACAGAGCCUUUCAUCAGCAGAAGGGCCCUGAUGUGGACCAAGGACACUCCAAAGGCAGACUAAUGUCCAGUAUGGAGGACAUGCUUUUCUACACCAUCACUGACGGCAAAGAAACGAUCCCCCUCUCCCAGUUUGUUUCUGCUUUGAGAAAAAUAGGCUUGUUGACGUCUGACCCUCGGCUGCGGGACUGUGUCCGUCAGAUGAGACAAUACUCGCGUGACACUUUCGGUCCACUCAUGAUGGACAAGAAGCUCUUCAGAAGGUUUGUGGCCAACAACAUCUUACUACUCACAAAAGCGUUCCAAAAAAAGUUCAUCAUCCCAGACUUUGAAGAGUUUACUCAGCAGAUUGACAGGAUGUACAACAACGCACAACAGCAGGAGGAAGGACAAGUAGCUGAUUACAUUCCUCAGCUGGCGAAGUUCAGCCCUGAUCUCUGGGGUGUAUCUCUGUGCACCAUCGACGGACAGAGACACUCAGUGGGAGACACCAAGGUUCCCUUCUGCCUGCAGUCUUGUGUGAAGCCCCUGGAAUACGCCAUUGCUGUGCAUGAGCUCGGAAGUGAGGACGUUCACCAAUUUGUGGGCAAAGAACCCAGUGGAUUCAGGUUCAACAAGCUGUCACUAAAUGAGGAAGAUAAACCACACAACCCGAUGGUGAAUGCUGGAGCAAUCGUCAUCAGCUCUUUGAUUAAGCCUCAUUCAAAUAAAGCUGAGAGAUUUGACCAUGUGAUGGAGUUCUUGAAAAGCAUGGCUGGUACAGAUUACGUGGGCUUCAGCAAUGCUACUUUCCAGUCGGAGAGGGAAACCGGGGAUCGGAAUUAUGCAAUUGGUUAUUACCUCAAAGAGAAAAAGUGCUUCCCUGACAAUGCAGAUAUGAUUGCAGCCCUUGAUUUCUACUUUCAGUUGUGCUCAAUUGAGGUCACCUGCGAGUCUGGAAGUGUCAUGGCUGCCACUCUUGCCAACGGUGGUAUAUGUCCAAUCACGGGAGAGCGCGUGCUGAGCGCCGAGGCGGUUCGGAACACGUUGAGCCUCAUGCAUUCCUGUGGCAUGUACGACUUCUCCGGACAGUUUGCGUUCCAUGUGGGCUUGCCUGCUAAAUCUGGAGUUUCGGGUGCUGUAGUGCUGGUGGUCCCCAAUGUCAUGGGUAUGAUGUGUUGGUCUCCACCCUUAGAUCGCCUUGGAAACAGUGUUCGUGGAAUUCACUUCUGUCAGGAGCUGGUGUCACACUUCAAUUUCCACAAUUAUGACAACCUCAGACACUUCACGAGGAAACACGACCCCCGAAGAAGGUCGGACGAUGAUCCAAACAAGUCAGUGGUGAAACUGAUGUUUGCAGCGUACAGUGGUGACAUCUCUGCUCUCAGGAGAUUUGCACUUUCAGCUAUGAACAUGGAGCAGAGAGACUACGACUCCCGCACCGCGCUCCACAUCGCUGCAGCUGAAGGUCAUUUGGAAACUGUCAUUUUCCUGACUGAAAUAUGCAAAGUCAAUCCCUACAUGAAAGACAGAUGGGGGAACACGCCUGUAGAUGACGCCGUGCAGUUUGGCCAUGACGCCGUCGUUUCAGUCCUGCAAGAAUACCAGCGCACGUUCACUGAGAAAGACUCGCCAUCGAGUGACACGGAGGAGCAGAAGAGCACACUGGACACCCUGAAGAGUAUUGUUUAAACAACAAGGAAUCUUAAGGGUUUGUAAUGCAGUCAUUUUUCCUAUUUUUAUUUGCACCUCUAGGAAGGAAAGGGGAAGUUAGAGAAAAGUGAGUUUAUCAUCUUUGGGCUGUUGCAAAGCUGUUAAGUGCAGGAUUGGUCAACAAUAUAUAAAGCGUUAUAUGCACGUGCAAUAUGUGUGGAUAGAGAAAUAUUUUUUUGAUUUUGCUUGGUGCAACUUCAUGAACCGUUUUUGGCUUAAAGAAAAAAUGUAAAAAAACAUGUAUUUCUUUUGCUUAUGGUUUUAUAUUGAACUAGUUUUGCUUUCGUUAAUCUACCAACCUAUAUAAAUACAUGUGAACGACAAAGACGUUGCGUACAUACAUGAAUGUAGUUAAUUUACUCCCUAAGCAGUAAGUGAAUAAAUCAUUCCUCAAAUUGAUUAACUAUCGUAGCUCAACAGGAGGUGAUUCGGCUGCAUUUGUGCCUCAAUGCUGACAGAAAAGUUUGUUGAUAAUGACAGUUUAUUAAGGUUUACUGUACAUAGGCCUGUUGUCUCACUGCUAAUACCACAGAGUUGUCUUAUUUUCUUUUUUGUCCAGACACAUCAUUUGUGUGCAUCCUUUUUAAAUGGUCACAGAAACACCUUCAGGUCUCAGGAACAGGGGAGGUCGAUUUUGAAUAAAAAGGAAUAUUGAAACUAAUGCAGAACCACGUUGUCCAAAAACCUACUCAAAUAAUCUCAGAUUAAUGCAUUUUAGUCACUGAUUUAUUUCAUUAGAACUGUCACUGUAAAUAUGUAUCUUCCUGCUGUAAAUAAAAGAGGACUGUGAGAGUA